AUGCUAAACCAGGCUGCGAAGAAGCUUUCCAAGAUGCAUGUUAGACGGAAUCCGAACCUGUCUAUACAGUCGACAGCGCACUAUUCACAACUGAGCCCGCCACCCCAGUCUGCUACCUCUAGUGCUUUCCUCUCUCCCACGGUCCCCUCGAGACGUGGCCUACUUGCGAGAUCCCCACCACCGAGUCCGAGCCUUCCUAGUCUGCUGCCAAAGCAUGGAAAGAAGACUACACAGCCGAGUCAUUCAAAGUUGGUGAAGCGAAUACUGAUAGGCUGCUGCGGUGUAGCAUUCCUACUAUGGAUUGUGCUGAGGCAGAUAUACGCCAACUCGCAAGGAGCGGCAACUUAUGAGGAUGGCAACGAAGAAGAAUGGGAGAUGGUUGGUGGCAGUCAGUUGCCGCAUGAACCUGUCGCCCUUGCGCUGCAGGACGCAAAGGGAAAGAUGAGGUGGACUGUAUCCAUACCAUCCGACUAUGAAUUCCCGCUUCGUCCGGCGCAGUACCGUGAUAUCUGCCAUCAAUCUAUGGAAGUCUCGAAAGAAAUCAGACAGGAAGCGAAGGCUUCGGCUGGCUUUGCGAAGAGAAUGUUGAACUACUAUCAACAAGACCAAUAUUACAUUGAUGUCCAGGAAGCGGAACAACAAGGACUGUUGCCACCAUCUAAGGCUGCUGGAAGACCCAAAAGCUUCGUAGAGGACGAGGCUAUCCGGGAUGGUAUCUCUACGGAAGGACUCAAGGUCUGUGACAGGACUUUGACAUAUGUCAUGGAAACGGAGGAUGCAGGUUUUGGCAACACGCUGAUGCGUUUGUGGAUGUCGUAUGGUUUGGCAAAAGCCGAGAAGCGCGCCUUUUUCGUUGAUGACACUCGUUGGCCGUAUGGCAAGUACUCCUCUUACUUCCAGCCUCCCCCUUCCGCAAACUGUCUCCCUCCUCCCCCAUCUCACAUCGUCCCCUGUCCUCACACUGCCCGACACAUCGUCGUCAGCGGAGCGACGUUGAAAUCCACCUUUGGACAUGCCUUUACCGACGAGUGGGAGGAUCCAACAAAAAUGGGUGUGCAACGCCAAUCGAAAAUCUUCAACCUCGCCCGAACAGGCUAUGAGGCUCUCUUUAAACUUCGCUCAGACGACGAAACCUACGUCCUCCAACGAGCGCUGGAAAUGUACGGUGAAGUUAAGAGCGAAGGCGGCCUCAGCAUCGCCAUGCACGUCCGCCACGGCGACAAGCACCCCAUGGAAUACCAGUACCAAAAGGACUACAUCCCGCUAGCCCGCUACGUCGACACCGCCCGCGAUCUCUACAUCGAUCUUGUCGAAGGCGGACUAAAGAAGAAAAUGGCCAAACGCAAUCUACUCUCUUCUCCAUUCUCUUCCUUCUCUACCGACUCCCUCACCCCCCGCCAUACAACCUCGAAAAUGAUACUCGCCUCUGACGACCCCCUCGUCUACGACUCCCCCGAACUAGGCCCUAACAGUGUUCGUGCCCAAGACCGCAUUGUCCUCGCCACAAAAGCCGCUCUCGAAGCCGCGCAAUCCCAGCCGAAGAAGAACACGUGGAUCGACGAGAUUACGGGGUGGGAAGGCGGCUUCUAUCGCGACGUCUUCUUUUCUUUGGGACAACCUGUUGGCAACGCCGAGGACAUGAAGAAGGUCAAUGAGGAAAAUUCUGCUGUUCCUGAGAGUGCAAUGAAGCUGAGGGAGCUUGUUGGGCGCGCAUAUCUGCUUGACUUGAGUGUGUUGAGCAAGGCGGAUACGGUGGUUUGCACAGUUAGUAGUACGAGUUGUAGGUUGCUGGCUGUUAUGAUGGGGUGGGGAAGUGCUGUACAGGAGGGCAAGUGGAGGAACAUCGACGGCCAGUUCGACUGGAAGGGAAUCAUGUGGUGA